CUGAUGGUGACCUCGUGCCUCAGUUUCAGCAUGAUUUGUGUAAGUUAGUUUGAUCGGGAAAAUCUGAGCUGUGAGUUCAGUCAGUCCGAACAUCUGGAGACACGAUGAGGACACUGAGGAGGCUCCAGUCCUGGUGUCCUCUCCUGCAGAGACGCUGCUCCUCUCUCUGUCAGAGACCAGCGGUCUGCAGACUCCUGCUCGCUCCUCUUGCUCCUGCAGCCAGCUGCUCAGGUGCGUCUGCGCAGCACAUCAAGAGGUUUUCUCUGUCCGCGUGCAGGUCCAGAAACAAAGAUGACUCCAGCAGCGGUGAGCACGCGGGAUUUAACCAUGAGGAGGAGGGGGAGGAGGAGGAGGACUUCAUAGAUGACAGAGAGGUGGAGGAGCUGUUUCAGCUGCAGGUCCCUGCAGGAGAGCAUCAGCAGCACAGAGUGUUCAUCGUGCACCCUGAUGUGAAGUGGGGCAGCAGGAAGCAGCACCUGACCACAGCUGAGCUGAUGAUGGCCGAGGCCGUGGGGCUGGUGAACACUCUGGACGACUGGAGAGUCGUGGACACGAUCAUCCUCUCCACCAAGACACCAGAGAAGAAGAGGAUAUUUGGCAAAGGCAACUUCCUGUCUCUCACAGAGAGAAUCAGGAGAACAGCAGGAAUCACUGCGGUGUUUGUGAACGUGGAGCGUCUGUCGGCUCUGUCUGAGAGGGAGCUCGAGGAGGCCUGGGGGGUUAAAGUCUUUGACAGAUACUCGAUGGUCCUCCACAUCUUCAGGUGCAACGCCAGGACGAAAGAGGCCAAGUUACAGAUCUCUCUGGCAGAGAUCCCUUUGUUAAGAUCUCGUCUGAAAAAUGAAAUGGCAAAUUUGGAUCAGCAGGGCGGAGGAUCGAGAUACAUCGGAGGUUCAGGUGAGACUCUGUUCGAGGUGCAGCAGAGACUGCUGAAGGAGCGCGAGAUGAAGAUUCGCUCAGCGCUGGAGAAACUGCGGAGAAAAAGGCACCUGCUGCGAUCUCAGCGCAAACACAAGGAGUUCCCCACCGUCUCUGUGUUAGGAUAUACCAACUGUGGUAAAACGACCCUGAUCAAAGCGCUGACUGGCGACAGCGGUCUUCAACCCAGAAACCAGCUGUUCGCCACGCUGGAUGUCACCGUCCACGCCGGCCAGCUGCCCAGCCGCAUGACGGUCCUGUACGUGGACACCAUCGGCUUCCUGUCCCAGCUGCCGCACCAGCUCAUCGACUCGUUCUCCGCCACGCUGGAGGACAUCAAACACUCAGACCUGUUGGUCCACGUCAGAGACAUCAGCCACCCAGAGACGGCGAAUCAGAAGGUCAACGUGCUGAAUGUGCUGAAGAACCUGCAGAUCCCCGACAGGCUGAUGAACUCCAUGAUAGAAGUCCACAAUAAAAUCGACCUCGUUGACAACUAUCAGUCAGCUGAGCCUGACGUACUGCCCAUAUCCGCCCUGGAGGAGCGAGGCCUGGGUGAGCUGCGGAAAGCAGUGGAGGAGGAGAUUUUAAACUCUACAGGAAAACACAUUUUAGAUGUGAAAGUCGACCUCAGCACUCCUCAGUUAAGCUGGCUGUAUAAGGAAGCCACCGUUCAGGACGUGCAGGUGAAUGCAGACGAAGGCUCGGCCGUCGUCAAGGUCAUCAUCAUCAGCGCCGCUGCUUACGGACGCUACAGGAAGCUGUUCACAGGCUGAUAACAGAGUAGAGAGGAGGGUGAUCCUUCAUGCUGCAGCGCCAAAGAAAAUACUGCUCCAUGUGGACCACAGACAUCUUUAAAAAGACUGUAUGUAUUGUACAGUGUAUUACAAUAAUGGAAAAUAUACAUUUUGGAAAGAAUAAUGUACGUUCUUGUAAAAAAUUGCACAUUAGAGGAGAUAAUCAGAAGUAAAUACAGAUUUUCCUGUCAGAACUCUUUAAGGAACACGCACCCCAAAAAUGACCAUUUGUAAAUCAGUUACUCGCCCUGUGUUCAGUUGAAUUUUGAAGAAAGCUUUAAUUUUCUCACAUACGUCCAAGCUGUACACUGAAACUGAUACUGAUUUUUUUUAGGGGGCUAAAAUAUGUUGUGCUGU